GGCCGGUAUAGUAUUGAGCUUAAGUGUUAUUGCUCGGGGAGGCGUAACAUCUUGGUCGCUACCGGAGCUUUGGGCGGGAGCGGCUGUAUGUAUUUAACGCACCAUUUAGUCUGCUCCUCAGCGAGAUAUUUGGUUACUCUUCCUUAUGGAAUCCAGCACAUCUCAUCCCUCUCCUUUCUAAACUUACCUCACCAUAAAUAUGCAGGACGCAAUCACCGAACCCUACAAAUAUCAUUCCAGUGGACGGCCUCUAAAAGUUGAUAUCGCCCUCCCACCAAACCAUUCUUCCAAUGAGAAAUACCAAACGCUUAUAUGCUAUCACGGGGGUGGUCUUGUUUGCGGUAGUCGAUACACAUAUAUCCCCUCCUAUCUGGCAGACAAGAUGCGCGGGUUGGGUUGGAUCAUUAUUUUUCCAGACUACCAACUCCUGCCUGAAGCUACCGGUUGGGAUAUCCGACAAGACGUGCUUGACCUUGAGCAAUGGAUCCUGAGAGAGCAGGAUACAUGGGGAAUUGACGUUGAUAAGAUUGCCCUGAGUGGCGCAAGCGCUGGUGAGCAACUCGUUCUCAGAACAUCUACCCUUCGAUCGUGAUGUUAACAUUCAUUAGGCGGGUACCUCGGCGCCCUUACUGGGAUUACAUGGAAGACCAUCAAACCGCAAGCUUUCGCCAGUGUCUACGGAAUGGUGGACAUUACCAGCGACUGGUACUGCACAAAGAAGCAACCGGGGCUCACGAUCAUGGAAGUUCCAGUCGACACGAUCCAAGAGGCAGAGUAUCAGAAAUACUACGAGAAUGAUCGGGAAGUUGUCUGGGAUGACCGCUUAAUCAAAGAAGAUAGAGGGCCGAUAUUCAUGUUAUUUCUUCGAGAAGGUAAACUUUGAUCUCUCUUUUGUAAAUUCAGUCCCUUGAGAGCCCCAUCUUACCGGUCACCCUAGGGAUCUACCCGAAAAUGAUCUACGGUCGCCUACCGGGCAAGAAUAGCGGUGGGAGCUUGGACGAAUCGUAUCUUCAGCCAUUGAACCGCAUUGGUGCCUCUUUCCCGAAAACAAUUGCGAUACACGGAGAUCAAGACUCAGCCGUUAAGAUCUCAGACUCAUAUAACCUCGUCGAUGGGGUUAGCAAGGCUGGAAUCAAAAGCGAGAUGCUUGAGAUUAAGGGCGCGGAACACGGGCUGAUGCCCGAAGCUGCGCAUGAUCAAGAGUGGAACCAUGUAGUAGACUUUUUGCAGAAUGCUACAAAGACUUAGGGUUGACCCAGUAUCUAGACUUAAAGGCUUGUUGAAGAGAUGAGAAUAUAUUGAGCUUCACUACUUUUCUUUUUCGGAGGCUCUAUACCAGAUAUCGUGUAAUUAGGUAUUUCAGCCAUUGCCUCCCA